UUACAUUUUCUAUGUCAGCAAAAUCUGAGGAGAAGGAAGAAAGUAAUGGAGAGUUGGAAUUCAUGGGCUCAUCAGCUUUCUUGGGUCCUACACUGUGGGAUAAAACACUCUCUGACUUUAAAUUGGAGUAUAUGGACCUAGAUGAAUUUCUGCAAGAGAAUGGAAUCCCACACAGCUUAUCAGAUAAAGCUAGUCCUCAGAGUUCAAGUCCAGGAACAAGCCCUUCCUGUGACUUGAGUCACACUUGUUUUCCUACAAAAUCUUUUACAUCACCUACUUCAUCAUGCCAAGAGAGCCACAGGGGAGAUCCCUUAACUUCAUCAUCGGACCAAGAAACCCAUGUGGAAGAACCUCAAGCUUCUCCAGUGGCACAGGUAAACCAUACCUCUCAAUUGGAUUGUAACUUUUCCACAAAAGAUCUAGCACUUGCAUGUGUUCCAGGUCAAAUUCACUUUGACCCUUCUCGACACAGCUUCUCUGAUGAUGAACUGAGGCCACAACCAAUGCUCAAGAAGUCCAAGAAGCAUUUAGUGCCUGAUGAUUUAAAGAAUGAAAAGUACUGGGCUCGGCGCUCUAAGAAUAAUGUUGCUGCCAAGAGAUCUCGUGAAGCUCGUAGAAUAAAAGAAAACCAGAUUGUUCUUCGUGCUUCAUUUUUGGAAAAGGAAAAUACAGCAUUAAAGGAAGAAGUCAACAGGUUGAAAGAUGAAAAUGUGAUGCUGUUAGAAUGCUUGAAAAAGUAUGAAAUGAUUUAGGUCAGUUAUUUAGGAAUUUAUAACAAUAUUUAUUGAAAAGAAAACAUAGUGGUUUAUAAGUUUACUUGCAUCACAAUGCCUUUUUUUUUCAAGCAUUUGAACAUUAAAACUACUGUAUUUGGUGCAGGGUGAAAGCUAGCAACUAGCUAGCUGUUUAUCUUUCAUAUCUGCAGAUCUUAGUAAUGUGGAAAGAUGGGUUUUCUUCCCUAUCUGCAAUGUAUUAGUGAGUGGAAAAAAGUGUAAAUAACUUUGUUAAAUGUGUUUAUUCAUUAAUUUUUAGAGUGGCUUUCAUCAACUUUGGCAUUUGUUAAGUUUUGGUGUUAGUUUUUUUUAAACCUGGUUACAAACAUACUCUACAAUAUUUUUUUGCAUAUGUUUCUCUUAGUUUUGUUAGAUUUCUUAAAAUUUGGCAUUUAGGGUCUUGAAGAGUAUAUCAAGGUAUUUGUUGACCCCUAAAAUUUAGGAGUAGUUGUAGAAAGAAACCUAAUUUAUGAAAAGUUUUGUUAAAUAUUGUCUGUAAGGAACAGUUUUGUUGUUAUGGGUUUAAUGAAUAUAAAUUAGAAUUUACUUUUCAAACUGCCAUGAAAUAUUUUGUUCAAGCAGGCAGUAUUUGAUCUGCCACCUCAAUAAACAAAUCUUUGGUUAUGUUAAUUAUUUGGACAUAAUUUUUCUUUUCAAUAAAACAUUGGGCUUUAU